AUGGGAAAUCUUGUAUCUUGUUGUUCCCUAGAAGAAAAUAAAAAAUACUUGAAUGAUGACGAAAUAUUAGAAACCUUUUCCAACAGUGAGAUAAACGAGUUUAAAAAGCGAUUAAAGAACAACAUCCAAAUAGUUGUCUUGCUACAGGAUGGCACAAAAUUGCCGUGUAACUUGCAAGCCAAUUUCAACGAAAAGACCCUGUGCAUAUCUUGCCAUCAGAAAGUGAGGAUGAUCAACUUCAGCGACAUUCGAUCUUUGUUGUAUGGAGAAGAGCAGCUGAAACGCGUGGAAACUCAAGCAAAUUUGAUCAACGACAACUGCUGCUUAGCUUUGCACUUAGACGACAGUGGCAACUGUAUCCCCAUAAAAUUUGGAACUUUGAAGGAAAAAAAUCUAUUCAUUUUUAUAAUGAGGGAUUACAAGAAAAUUUCCUGA